UAGAGCACUGUGAAGAGUGUGUACAUUGGUUGAUAACAUUAUUUUUUACGACGUGUUAUAAUUGUUGUUUUGUAAACAUUGUUAAGCGGACCAAGAGCAGCCAGACGUAACAUCUGUCACUAUACUGUCUGACCAUGAGGUAGAUGGUCGGCAGUGACUGGGCUGCUCUGAUGAGUGAGUGGUACUGUAAGCAAUCUGGCGCUGUUGGAGUUUCAUGUGUGUUAUUCAAAAUAUUUUCCUGUAUUCACCCUUGGUUCCUCAAGUAUUGGCGGGUCAACUUUUUCAGCAAAAUGAACUUUUCACACAAUGCAUGCUGGAAGGAGUGCCUGUUGAAGCUGGUUCUGUUGGCAGCAUGUCUGAUGGACACAAUACUUGCUAAAUGCCCUCCUAUUCCUAUACGAACAUUGAUACCUACGGGGGCUUAUGAUUGUAGGGAUGAAUGUCCAGAGGGGAGUUAUUGUCGCAAUGGUCGUUGUCAUACCUGCUCAGCAUGUCCAGACCCUUACACACUGGCCGAGCAGGGGGAGACUGAAUUGGUCAUUAUGGCGGAGUGCAUAAACAAAGGAUCCUGUCCGAACUCUUGUAUUGCCAACCCCUCCUGGCCGAAGGGGAAUGCCACAAUGUGCCAGGACGAGUGUGUAGACCCAACACCACCUCCACCCACAGAGCCCCCGACAUGCAAGGUUGGAUGUAAACAUGGCGGCUGUGUUGAGAAUGGUGAAUGCAAUUGUGAUGAUGGUUGGUUAGGGGCGCUGUGUGAUGAAUGCAUCCCAGAUCUAGAUUGCCAAAAUGGUCAAUGCAAUGAGACAGAAAGGUGUAUAUGUAAUCAGGACUGGGAUGGCGAUAACUGCGACCAAGAUGUGAGCUAUUGUAAUCUGAAUCAGCCUUGCCUGAAUGAUGGACGGUGUGGGAAUGACGGGAAUGGAGGAUAUACAUGCAUAUGCUCAGAGGGAUUCACGGGAGCAAUCUGUGAAAACGAAACGAGUCUUCACCAUUGUGAGAGAGUCUGCUCCACUAAUGGUACAUGCAUUAAGUCAGAGUCUGCCGGGAUCUUCGAGUGCCAUUGUCAGGAUGGAUAUACAGGACCUGAUUGUACACAACGGACUUCAAGAUCGACUGGAAACAACCUACCUUUUCGUUAUACAAUUGUCAUACUGAGUCCCAUCAUACUGAUUGUUGCUUUAAUCAUCACAGUCUUCUUCUGCAAAAAAUGGAGGAUCUAUCACAAGUCAGAAGGAAUUCCCGGUAGCAGCAGUAAUUCGGAAAUACAACUUAUAAAUUUUUUUAGAAAGUUUCAUAAAGCUGAUGCAAUACGCUAUCGUCUAGAGGGUACAACAGUCUUUCUAACAAUCAAGCCAUCGUGGAAGCAUUGCUACCUGAAGACUUGUAAGUGCCUGCUGAAAGCUCCGUUAAGAAUCUCUGAGGACGAUGGGACGGAGGUGAGCGUUCCUUAUCUACGAGAAGGAUUCAAGUACAACUUUGAGAUCUACAAGGACAGGGCAAUGCCACCGGAUGUCGAAGACAGUGAAUGCACUGUGGCCGAGUGCGAAGUCUCUGUUGAGUUCGGCGCUUCAGGAAACAGGGAGAGCAACUGUGCAGAAACAAUCGGAAACGCUCUGGAUGACAUUGCAACUAAGAAAUCUCUUAACCGGCCUCUCGAGGCUGACCAUCGUCUGAGAGAAAGAGUGGCUAGCUUCUUCGAGAUGACCUCAGACCAUCAGAAGAGUUUCUUAGGUGGUCAGACUCCAGACUAUCUGUACAUCGAAAUACUGGAAGAGGUAUUGCAGUCUUACGUGGUCAUGAACAAGCCGAUUGGAGAACUGCUUAGCCACUUGGGAAAAGAGAGCGGCGGCAAAACUGAAGACUUUGUUGAGAUACUGGCCCAGUUUCAUCCGACGUGCCAAAGUUGUGCCCAGGUUUGGCACCAGACUCAUGGUGGGACGACGGUGUCCACUCAUACGGCAUGCAAUGGAGUUACAAGAGAUAUUGUUUAAACAGUACUGGCCUGUACUACAUGUAGGUAAGAUUAAGGCCUUGUUAUAGUUGCAACAUUAAAUAUUGCACAGUUUUGAUGCAUUGAAUUAGCAGGGGAGGACUUGUACAAGUUUAACUCUGUUUAAAUUUUUGUUGGACUAGGUUUUUUGGACUGUAUUGCACUGUGACUGGGUCUGGCAUAUUCCUAAACUUUUACCAAGGGUUGAUUUCACAAAGAGUUGGUCAGUUCCUAACUUAGGACUAGUCCUAGGAGAUGUUACAAAUUAAGACUAGUCCUAAGUUAGGAGAUAAGACUAUUCUUAACAAUGUUCUACAAUAUUUGAGACCAUUUCUCAUUCCAUCAGCAAUGAGAAUAUAAAGCCACACUGCAGGAUGGGAAAUACACCCUUACGUUAUGCACAAUGCUCGCCGACCAUUUUCGCCAUCUUGGGAGUCAAUAUCUUUUCAAACAGUUUGACUCCAAUUUGAAGUUUGGGGCUGAUUCCUAAAAUGGCAGACAAGAUAAUUGCGUUGUGAAUGGGGUGAAAUGAAAAUCUAAAAUAGGUCUCUGUAACCAUUAAAUUUUGGACCCAUGGAAGUGCUACAUUUUGUUUUCUCCGCAUAUUUAAUCACUAUAUAGAUCUAAAAUCUUGGAGCCCAAGGCACCAUAUUGAACCUAAAGGAUCAAUUAGAUGUCGUUAAAUAGUAGUUGUCUGUCGGCAUGAGCUGUUUUUGUUUUCGUAAUUUUGUGCAUUUUAAGUGCAAGGUUUACAUUCAACGAGCAGCUGUACUAACUUCAUAUAAUUCAAUAUCAAACUUCAAAACUUGUCCACUGUUGUCGUCCAUCUUUACUUUUUCCUGUGGUUAGCACAGGUUUGAUAGCAGUGCUAGUUGUUGCACACUUCCGUUACAUACCAAAUCCAUAAAAACCAAGUAUAUCCAAUGGAGUGGGUUUUGGAGGAUUGGGAGUUGUUUGGGAUAAAAUAUGGACAUGACAUAUAUGUUUCUUUUGCCCUUUUAAAGAUGAAAUUCCAGGCCCGACAUCACAUACAUGUCAAACCCAUUGCAUGUGACGUCACACUCUCAAAAAGGAGGCAGAUCAUUGGACAGUAGCUGUCCUCUGUGCGUAAAAACGUGUAGCGUUUGGCGUUAUACAAGGGGGAGCUAUGGACGCGUCUCCGAACAAGGCGCGUAAUUUUGGGUGGCAACUUUCUUUUUAUGCAUAUUUGUAUACUCUUUUGACACCCAAAAUGACACCCAUGAUAGGCACAUGUGAUACGCUGCACGCAUUGCAAGGGGUCCAUAACCAAAUCCAUAAAAAACAGAUAUUAAAUCCAUGGAGUGGAUUUUGAAGGAUGGGAAGUUGUUUGGGAUAAAAUAUGGAAAUGACAUGUUUCUUUUUGCGGAUUGUUUCUUAGUUUUAUGUACCAUUGUACGUUUAGUUGCUUCAGACCGUGACAGUUAUUAAAAACUUGUCGUCGUAUGUAGAUUUUCAUUUUACAAAAUGAGUAUACGUAAAAUGCAUGAGUAGGAAUUCAUUUUUUUGUAUUUAGGGGACAGUAACAACAAUCAAGAAAGGAAAACCUCAUUGUCAUUUGCAUUAUAAGACAUUGUUAAUAAACAUUUAUUUGCCAAAGAAGUAGGGAUACCUUUUUGUGUGUGCAUGCAAAAGGGGGAGGAGCUUCAUGAAAUUUCGUUCUUUUCUUCAUGGAUGCUAUGUCCCAAGUCAACAACUCUGUUUAAUGUAUUUAACUUACAAAGCAAUAUUCAUAUUCAAGGGAAAUAUUAUUUACAAUUUUAUUUAAUUGUAGUUUUUUUUGGACAGCUUUGAGAUUGUUCAAAAGCAUUCAUAUCUUGCCAGUUGUUGCCACCAACUUUAUCUAUGGAAAAUAGCUUCAAAAUAUUAUUUAUCAUCAUUUUUCUGCAGUUGAAUAUGGAUUUAGUGUACAUACGUACAAUAUAAAGGUUUCUUCAGUCAUAAUUAUUCUAAAACAAAUGAUACUUUGCAGUAGCCUUGCAUCAACAAAUUUGGUCUUGCUCAAGAAAUGAAACAGUGGAAUUUAAAGAAAUACUGCUUAUAAGUGCUAACUGAAACUGCUCAAUAAAAUUACAUUUAACUAGAAAAUACCACAAACUAAAAGUGUACCUAAAAUUUUCGAAGAGAAAUGGCACUAUUUUAUUACAGAUUUUUUACAAAGAAAAAACUUGAAAUAAUUCUUGAAAACAAAUGUAUAAGGUUCGUUAUUCAGAACCUUACUGUGUGCUACAUGAUUUGUACGAGUCAUACAGUACUUACCCAAUAACAUACAGUAUAAUGUUAAUUACCAUUGAUGCAAGCAUUAUAACUAUUAUUUCUGAAUUAUAUUGAAUUGGUUUAAGAGCAAGGUAGUUUAAACCUUAUCAGAUAAUAAUGAUGGAAGGAGUAGUGUGCUGCAAAGUUGGUGGGUUUUAGUGAUUUUACACAACAUACAAAGUCAACGAAUGUUUUGCAACUCAUCAUUGACCAAUAGAUUGAUCCAUUAGGCUCCGCCCAUGGCGCACAUUUGAGCCUCUCCAAUGCCAUUCUGCUCUACUCUGCGGUGCGCCAAGCAUUUGCGCACGCACGUCAGACUUUAUUUUGUCAGACUUUUGGUGGCGCAAUGGGUUGUGAUUGGUCAAUACGCAAUGGGGCGGAGCUUAAUGGAUCGGUCUAAAAUACGUCAUUUUUAAUUGAAUAGAUGAAAAGAUGGGUAUUCAUAUCGGCUGCUCUGUUGAUGUUUAAAGGCAAUGGACACGUUUGGUAUUUAUUCAAGAUAAUUGUUAGCAUAAAAACUUGUGCGCCAAGCAUUUGCGCACGCACGUCAGACUUUAUUUUGUCAGACUUUUGGUGGCGCAAUGGGUUGUGAUUGGUCAAUACGCAAUGGGGCGGAGCUUAAUGGAUCGGUCUAAAAUACGUCAUUUUUAAUUGAAUAGAUGAAAAGAUGGGUAUUCAUAUCGGCUGCUCUGUUGAUGUUUAAAGGCAAUGGACACGUUUGGUAUUUAUUCAAGAUAAUUGUUAGCAUAAAAACUUGUGCGCCAAGCAUUUGCGCACGCACGUCAGACUUUAUUUUGUCAGACUUUUGGUGGCGCAAUGGGUUGUGAUUGGUCAAUACGCAAUGGGGCGGAGCUUAAUGGAUCGGUCUAAAAUACGUCAUUUUUAAUUGAAUAGAUGAAAAGAUGGGUAUUCAUAUCGGCUGCUCUGUUGAUGUUUAAAGGCAAUGGACACGUUUGGUAUUUAUUCAAGAUAAUUGUUAGCAUAAAAACUUGUGCGCCAAGCAUUUGCGCACGCACGUCAGACUUUAUUUUGUCAGACUUUUGGUGGCGCAAUGGGUUGUGAUUGGUCAAUACGCAAUGGGGCGGAGCUUAAUGGAUCGGUCUAAAAUACGUCAUUUUUAAUUGAAUAGAUGAAAAGAUGGGUAUUCAUAUCGGCUGCUCUGUUGAUGUUUAAAGGCAAUGGACACGUUUGGUAAUUAUUCAAGAUAAUUGUUAGCAUAAAAACUUGCUUUGUAACAAACA